CGCCUGCGGGACCCUUUGGCAGCUGGGGGUUGGAAGCAGCGGAACCAAAGGCAGACGGUCUCGGUUGCUGGGGCGGACGUGGGCCGAAUCUGUCCGUCCUUGCAAGUUUCCCCCAGGGCUGAGACCCGGGCCGGCGGCAAAUUCAGGUUCUUCAGCACCGUAGUGGUCGUCGCAGGCCCGAGUUAGAGGCCAACUGAGAAAUCUUUGUGCCUCAGAAAACACAUGUUAAGUACCUAGUGUGCAUCUGAUUUUGUGGGUAUAAAGAUUUGUUGAUCUACAGAAUGCUUCGAUACCCAUAUUUUUGUAGAAUCUAUAAAAAUUUCCUUUCAUCCUGUUUGGAAUCUGACAUAUUUAAUUUGCGUGUCUGGCCAAAAAAAAUACAUGCUACCGCAGAAAGAUAUAAUGAAUAUGAAGCCCAGGAGCAAACAAAUCAAAUUGGAACUCAGGAGUUACAAGAUAGAGAUUCUGAAUUGAGGACUAAAUUACAUAUUCCAGUGAUGGUGGAUGAAGUUGUUCGUUGUUUGGCACCACAAAAAGGGCAGUUUUUUCUAGAUAUGACAUUUGGUUCAGGAGGACACACAAGAGCCAUUCUACAGAAGGAGUCAGAUAUUACUCUGUAUACCUUAGACAGAGACCCAACAGCUUAUGCAAUAGCUGAACAGCUUUCAGAAUUGUACCCUAAACAGAUCCGAGCCAUCCUAGGCCAGUUCAGCCAGGCAGAAGCCUUGCUAAUGAAAGCUGGAGUGCAGCCAGGGACUUUGGAUGGAGUUCUUUUGGAUCUUGGGUGUUCCUCCAUGCAACUUGAUGCCCCUGAGAGAGGUUUUUCCCUUCGGAAGGACGGCCCCUUGGACAUGAGAAUGGAUGGUGGCAGGUACCCUGACAUGCCCACUGCAGCUGAUGUUGUGAACGCUUUAGAUCAACAGGCACUUGCAUCCAUCCUGAGAACAUACGGGGAGGAGAAGCACGCCAAGAAAAUCGCUUCAGCGAUCGUUCAGGCACGCAGCAUCUACCCCAUCACCAGAACCCAGCAGCUUGCCAGCAUUGUCGCAGGUGCAUUUCCCCCCUCUGCUAUUUAUGCGCGAAAAGAUUUGCUACAACGAUCUACACAUAUUGCUACCAAGACUUUCCAGGCUUUUCGCAUAUUUGUGAACAAUGAACUCAAUGAACUUUACACAGGACUGAAGACAGCUCAGAAGUUUCUGAGACCUGGUGGUCGCCUUGUUGCCCUCUCCUUUCAUUCACUGGAGGAUCGCAUCAUCAAACGAUUCCUGCUUGGGAUAAGCAUGACUGAAAGGUUUAACCUAAGUGCUAGACAGAAGGUGAUACAAAAAUCACAUUUGGGUUCAGAUCAUGAAAGCAAGGAAGGAGUCUCUAUAGGAAGGGCCCCUUUACUGUGGAAAUUGAUGCACAAGAAGGUACUUACUCCAGAAGAUCGAGAUGUACAGGAUAAUCCCAGAGGACGCUCAGCCAAGCUUAGAGCAGCUAUUAAAUUAUGAGAAAGUUAUCAUCAUCUGAUUCUUCAAGUUUUACCUCACGGUUUCUCAUGUAAUAUUCCUAAACAACCUAAUACAAGAAAGUGUGGGAUACAUAGAGAUAUGUGUGGAAAUAUGGGUAUUUAGCAUUUUUUUCUCAAAAAGAAAAUAGGAAAUAUUAGUGUGACACAGAUAACUCAAUUCAAGGAGCAGCAGUAUCUCAAAACUGGAAAAAUAUGUUUAUCUUGGCAUUAUAUUUGACUUUUGAAAUGCAGUCCUUUCUCUAACCAGGAAAUUUUUUUAAAAAGAAGAAGAAGAAGAAGAGAAGAAUAUGUGUGUUUAUUUAACUAUGUAAACUCAAGCUGUCAAAAGAGGGAUUAUAAUUGUAUCUGCAUGCCCAAAUUCUGAAUUUAGAUAUUUAGAUUUGCAACAGACUAUGAUUCAAAUAAUUAAUAAUGAUCAUGGAAUGAAUUUUAAUUUUCCUACUUGGGAAUAAUUAAUUACUACUAUAGCUUUCUCAAAUAUAGGUAUUAUGCAAAUUUAAAAUAUUCAAGUAUUAUUUUAAAAAUGCAUUAUACUGAUACAUUUCAUUACUGAAAUUAUAGUGUUCAUUGUUUUAAAGGGACUUUUCAGUAUGAUAUGUGCCACAUUUUCAUAUAUUAGAAACUAAAAGUGUAGAAUUACUCUAAUAGCCCUCACAGAGAAUGUUUCAUAAAACGUAUAUUUAAAGUCAAUUGUGUUUAUUUUAAUAAUAGCCCAGAAUGCUUUUGAUAAAUAAUAAAAUCUCUCAUCAUUUGAAUCCUGCAUUUUUAAAUUGAGCUAUUCAAAAUACUCAAACAAAUUCUAUUUGAAAUGGAAAAGUGUAUCAUCUAUUCCAGAUACUAAAAUCAAUGUACCCCUAAUGUUUUUAUUUACAAAUAGUAAAUGUAUUGUAAAAUGUUUAUUCAGAAGUUCACAUGAUAGAGAAUUCUUUAACAAAUUGAUGAAAUCGAUAAUUCACAUAACUUUUUAUACAUAAAUACACACUUCUAAUUUAUUCAGUUAUGCAGCAAGUACUGAACUAAGCAAAGAAACAAAGGCGAGUAAAAUACAUGUAGCCCAUAAUAUCAGUCCUGUGGAGUUUAUAUUCUAGCAGAGAAAAGUGAUGGUAGUUAAAUAAUCACAAAAAUUAAUAUAAAAUUAACAAAGUGGUAAGGGCUAUAAAGAAGUAGUACAAGGUACCAUAAGUACAUCUAGUAGGUAUUUCAUCUACUGAAAGAAAUCAGGUCUGACAACAUGGUGCUUGAUUUAUGAUUUGAAAAAUGAAUAAAAGAUAAUUCAAAGGGUGCAUAGGCAUAUUGAUUAAAGGUGCAUGUAAAUGAUUGUUUUCUUAAGUAGUUCCCCUUGAAGUCAUAUUUACACUAUUAUUUUGCUCAGUAAACUGUUUAUUCAAAUAUAGGAAAAAUUCAUCUUCUCAAUUAUGAUUACAAACUCUAAGUUGAUGAAUCCAGUGAAUAAAAUGUCAACAUAACUAUAUGGACAAAAGAUAAGAAUUAAACACUUGAAUUUACCACAGACUUACUUUAUCCACCUCUGUAAUAGUUAACUUUAGUUCCCAAGUUUAUUUACCACUUUUAAUUUACAGACUUUAUUCAAAUCUGAACAAUUCUGCAGUGAAAUCAGAAUUAGAAAAUAUUCUAGGGAACAAUGUGCUCAAAUUAGAAACAAAUGAAUAUACCUAGCUUAAUCCCCUAAAUCCUUCCUGAAGAAUUUUGUAAGUUCCUCUUUUUAUUUAAGUCAUAUUUGUGAAUGAGAAUGAUUCCCAAAGGUAAGUGCACGUCUGAGUAUCUGAUUAGAAUAUAAAAGAUCACAUCUGAUAUUCAACAAUGAUUCACCUAUUUCAUCAGUCAUUUUUGGAUGCUCUAUAAAAUGGGAAUCUUUUCAUUAAUGUUAAAUGGAAACUGACUGCACUGGGUUGGAUGGCAUCCUUCCAAAAUUCAUUUCCUUUCUAAAACCUCAUAAUGUGACCUUAUUUGGAAAUACAGCUAUUGCAAAUGUAAGUGGUUAAGAUGAGGUCAUAGUGGAACAGGGCAGGCCCUUAAUCCAAUAUGUCUGUGUCCUUAUAAGAAGAGAAGAGAGGCAGAGAUAGGGAAGAAUGCCACAUGCAGGUAGAGGCAAAGAUUGAAGUGAUACACUUACAAGCGAAGGGACACCAAGAAUUGCCGGCAACCAUAAGAAGCUAGGAGAGAAGCGUGGAGUAGAUUCACCCUCAGAGGCUUUAGUAGAAACUAAUAACUCUGCUGACACCUUGGUUUCAGACAUCCAACCUCCAGAACAGUGAGAGAAUAAAUUUCUUCUAUUUUAUGCCAGCCAAUCUGUGGUGAUUUAUUAUGGCAGCCCUAAGAAACUAAUAAUCUCACAAAAAAAAAAAAAUCUUGAAUAAUAUGCAUGAAAAAAAUCCUGCUUCAAUAAACACAAAAGUGGUUUCAAAAUGUUGUAGUGUAAAAAUAUAUUAGCUAUUUUCUAUAAUUAGGCUGUUUGCCACAAUCAUUCUUACCUGUCUCUUAGUCUUAGUUGUAGGAUGCAUAAUAAAAUACAUGAAUGAGUUUCAGAUGGUUAACUCUGGAGAAUGGUUUUGGGAAAUUCAUGCAAUACAUAUAGAAAAUAAAAACAGAUUAUUGAAAUGAAUGUACUUUACUUUUUCAA